UAAAUCAUCGGCAAGAUGUCUUCAGCACCUGAGCCCCCAGCCUUUAAAAAUGAAGCUCCCAAAGACAAAGAUUUUCGAAACCCGGGUCUCAGAGGGGUCCGCACAACAACUUUAUUUCGAGCCGUGAAUCCAGAGCUUUUCAUUAAACCUAACAAACCGAUGAUGGCUUUUGGAUUGAUAACCCUUUCACUUUGUGUGGCUUAUAUUGGUUACCUACAUGCAAUGCAAGAGAAUAAGAAGGACCUCUACGAAGUGAUUGACAGUGAGGGCCACAGUUACAUGAGGAGGAAAACAUCUAAGUGGGAUUGACAGUACUACGGAGUCUAUUGCACCUGCAAAAUCUUCAAAUGAAAGGCCUUGUGAGUCACGAUUCUGUUUCUCGUUCUAGAACAGUUACUGAGGAAAGAAGGUAGCAGUUGCAACCAGACCGCGGCAGUAAAUGUGCCGUUUCCAAGCUGUAGCCAUCAUCCUUCUUCUUACAAAAAGAGCUUCGCAAUGUUUCUCUUUAUUAAGUUCUCUUUUAAAGUGCCAUGAGAAUGGAAGUCAUUUUUGUAAAUUAUUAAGUUCUCUAUAAUAAAGGUACUCAGUGCUGUUAA